AUGACAACUGCUACGUGCAGCAGUAGCAGCAGCACCUUACCGACCACACUACUGCGCGGAGGUGGCGGCAGCACGACCGGGCGGCGAUUGUUAUCGAGUGCUGCCGGCGUUCUGUCGCCGGGAGGGCACCGCGGGGGCGGCGGCCGUGCGACCAUCACCGGGCGGGGCGAUACGCAACUGUCGUCGACAGCUGCCGUUGCGCCGCCAGAAGUCCACCCUGACGGCGUCACCAUCAUCAAGCCCGACCGCGAUACCCGGCACUACCGAUACCUGGUGCUGCCCAACGGGCUCGAAGUGGUCUUGGUCUCGGACCCGUACACGGAGCAAGCGGCCGCAUCGAUGUUCAUCCGAGCUGGUCACAUGCAGGAUCCUCCGGAGCUAGCUGGGAUGGCGCACUUCCACGAGCACAUGCUCUUCUUGGGGACGGAGAGAUAUCCGGAGGAGGGAGAGUUCGAGAAUUUUUUGACCCAACACGGGGGAUCGUCUAACGCGUACACCGCGACGGAGUCGACGAACUACUACUUCGACGUCAAGUCUUCCCACCUCCGUGGCGCCACGGAUCGGUUCGCGCAGUUCUUCCGAACCCCCCUCUUCGCGGAAUCGGCCAUCGAGCGAGAGAUGCAGGCGGUGGACUCUGAGCACUCGAACAACAAGAACGAAGACACGUGGAGAAUAUACCAGGUGUUGAAAGCGACAGCCAACCCUUCCCACGCCUUCUCCAAGUUUGGCUCUGGAAACUACGAAACGCUGAGGCCGCGACCGGAGGAGGGCGUGGACACGAGAGCGUCUUUGAUCGAUUUCCACGAGACGUACUACUCCGCCGACGCGAUGAAGCUCUCGAUACUAGGCAACGAGGACCUGGACACUCUCGAGGCCUGGGUCCGCGACGCCUUCUCGGGGGUGCGAAACACGAAGCCCCCGGCGGUGCCGGACUACGGGCCGUACCCGGCGUUCGGGGCGGCCGAGCUGGGGCGGCGGGUGACGGUGAUCCCCCUGAAGGAGACGAGGCAGCUGGCGCUAUCGUGGCCGUUGCCCCCGUACCAAGGUGUCACAAGAGCACUCCUUCGAAAUCUCUACUCCCAGGGCUACGAGGGAGAAGGUGGCCUGCACAAGCUGCUGCACGGGCGCGGGUGGGUGUCGAGCCUGUCGGCGGGGAGCAUGGUCACGGGGACAGACUUCCAGCUGUUCCGCCUGAGCCUGUCGCUCACCGAAGAGGGGGAACGACACACGGACGAGAUCAUCGAGCUUUGCCACCGCUUCAUCGCGCUGCUGAGAUCUGAGCCGCCCCAGAAACGUAUACGGGAUGACCUUGCUGCGAUGACGGAGAUCGGAUUCCGUUUCUUGGAGAACGGAGGUCCGUCAAGAGCCGUCCAAAGCAUCGCCACGACUCUGGGGCAGGAAGACGUUGUGCCAGCGGAGGUGCUUAGCGGUGCAUUCACAGUGCUUGAGUGGGACCCCGCCGCCCUCACCGACGUGGUGAACAGGUUGACUCCCAAAAACUGUCAGAUACUGGUGGUAUCGAAGAAGGACGAAGAGGAGGCCGAUAAAGACGGGAGUGCGGCGAUAGGUUGGAGGAAGGAGCGCUGGUACGGGACCUCCUACAAGGUGGAAGCCCUGUCGGAAGAACUGUUGAGAAGGCUGGAGGGCGUCCCGCCUCACGUGGAGGGUUUCCCGGAGGCCUUCCGCCUCCCGGGGGCGAACCCCUUCAUCCCGACCGAGUUCAGCCUCCGCGCUGACGACGCUGGCGAACCCGCCGCCGCCGCUCAAGAAGGAACCGCUACCGCUGGCGAUGCCGACGCUGACGCGGAGGCAGUCCGACGCCUGCUUCCGGCGAGCAUCCCCGCGCUUGCGCUCGAGACGGUGCCGAAGGAGGACUGGUCGAGGCUGGUCCCGCCGUCCCUCGUGGCCGAAGGCGUGGGCGGGGAGGGGGGGCGCGGGGGGGCGGUGAACCUGUGGCACAAGAUGGACAGGUCGUACCGCGUGCCCAAGUCGUCAAUCGCGGCGAAGCUCUGGACGCCCGAGCCGUACGCUUCUCCAAUGGCGGCGAUGCAGGCAAGGAUGUUCGUGAGGCUGCUGAAGGAGGACUUGAAGAGCUGGGCGUACGACGCCGAUCUCGCGGGCCUUCGGUAUUCGUUGGAGAUGACCACCAGGGGUCUGCAGCUUUCCGUCGGGGGGUACAGCAGCACGGUCGCCCUUCUGCUUUCCAAGAUCUUGGGGCACAUCGGAGACCUCCUGGCGGAGUAUCGCGAGCUGGGCGAACUUAUGGAGUCCGGCCGGGGGGGCGGAGGAGGAGGGGCGGGGGUGGGGGUGGGGGGGCACGCGGAGGGGCAGGGUUUGGCGGGCCUGACGGCGAGGCAGGAAUUGCUUCGCCAGCGGUACGAGACUUCGCGGGAGAGCUUCCUGCGGUAUUACCGCAACUCGGCACAGGACCAGCCGUACGAGACAGCGGACUACUACGUUCGGCAGGUGAUGGAAGCCGAGGUCUGGCACAUCGACGAGUACAGGCAGGCUCUCGAGGACAGAGACGCCUGCACGCCGGCGGACAUGGCGAGACACUUCGACAAGAUCCUUGGGCGCAUGCGCGUUGACGUGAUGGCUCACGGCAACGUUGGGAGGAAGGAGGCGGAGGACCUAGCCUCGGCGAUCGCUGACGCGUUGUCGCGGACGGAGCCGCUCCCGGAGGCAGAGCUGCCGACGAGGAACGCGCUGAGACUGCAGGCGGCCGGGGAGGGGGAGGGCGGGGGGGGUAAUGGCGUCGUCGUAGUGGAGCUGGAGGCGGACGAGGCAGAAAAGAACUCCGCUGUCCAGGUGUACCUUCAGGCGGGUCCCGGCGAGUCCAACCUAGACCUAGCCUCGGCCCUGGAGUUGAUCAACACGCUCGGGUACACGUCCGCCUUCCAGCAGCUGCGGACCCGGGAGCAGCUCGGGUACAUGGUCUACACCCACCUUGAGCGGGGCCCCUCCGGGAAGGUGACGCCGCCGGCGUCGUGGGACGGGGCGGGAGCGGCGGGGGGCGGGGAGGAGAUGCACCCCGGCGGUCCCCUCGCGUGGUCGGUGGUGGUCCAGAGCCCGGACAAGACGCCGGCGGAGCUGGAGGAGAGGGUGGAGGCGUGGAUAGCCGGGUUUCGGGACGAGCUAGCGGCGUUAUCGGACGAGGUCUUCCAGUCGACGGUGGCGUCCAUGUCUUCGAGCGUUCUCCGGCGAGAGCGGAGCAUGCGCGAGGAGGCGAGCAUUUUCUUCGGGGCCAUCGCCAGCAGGACGGGCGACUUCUACCGGCGCUACCGCAAGGCCGAGUCCUACCGCCGCCUCACCAAGCAGGCGGUGCUCGACGCGUACGACCAGUUCUACGCGCCCGGCGCGCCCGCUCGCCGCAAGCUGAGCGUCAGGGUCGCCAGCCAGAGGCACGCGCGAGACGCGGAGGAAAAGGCGGCGGCGGCCGCGGCGGAAGGGGGCUGGGGGCACCGUGGUGGCAGGGAGGCGGGGGGUAGUGGCGGCCCCGUAGUCUUGCGUAGUUUGGAAGACAUCCGGGCCUUCAAGGCUCGCACCCCAAUUUAUGAGUGA